AUGAAUUGGGUAACACCUACAAAACAGAUCAAUGUUCCUCAUGAUCUUAUAAGAUUUAAACAAUCUGAUGGAUGUCAGAAACUACAAAAAGGAAUCUCGGAAAUAGUUCAAUUAGUUCAAGGUGUAAAAGUACCUGAAGGUGUUUUAGAUAUGGGAAUAGUUACUAGAGAUCAACAACCACAACCUACAAUUAUUUCCAUUGAAUUAAAUAAUAAUAUCAGGAAAAUAGUUGAUAUUUUUGAAAUUUUAAAUAAAACUAUUGAUGAAACUCCACCUGUACAAGAAUCAAGUAGAUUUGGAAAUAGAGCAUUUAGAGAUUGGCUGGAGAAAAUAACAACAAUUAUUCUUAAAGGACUUGAAGGAAUGGGGGAACAAGGAUUAUUAGAAGAAUUAUCGUGGUAUUUCAUUAAUCUGUUUGGAAAUCCUACAAGAAUAGACUAUGGAAGUGGUCAUGAAUUGAAUUUUUAUGCAUUUAUAAUUGGACUAAUGGAUUAUGAUAAAUUACCUCAUGAUGGAGUACAAUUAUUGAUUUUAUUAUCAAAAUAUUAUGAUUUAUGUCGAAGAAUAAUUUUGGUCUACAGGUUAGAACCAGCUGGAUCGCAUGGAGUUUGGGGUCUUGAUGAUCAUUUUCAUUUGAUGUUUAUUAUUGGUGCUUCACAAUAUUGUGAAGAUCGAACAGCACCUUCAGUACAAUCAUUAUUAAAUCCAAUGAUACUAGGGAAAGAAAAGAGUUUGAAUUUAUUUGCUAAUGCUAUUCUGUUUGUAUUAAAAUUGAAAUCGGGAAGAUUUAAUGAACAUAGUCCAGUGUUGAUGGACAUUGUUACAAGAGUUCGUAACUGGGAAAAAGUACGUCAAGGUUUAUUUAAGAUGUAUAAUGUGGAAGUUCUUGGAAAAUUCCCAGUUAUUCAACAUUUCUAUUUUGGUAGUAUAUAUAGGUGUGAUUAG